AUGAAGGAUAAAGAAAUUAACAAAUUAGAAGGAUUCAUUAACGUUCGUCCUUCAAAAGAAGAAUUAGUUGAGCGAAACAUUCUGAAGGAUUCUCAAAUUGCGCCUUCUUUGUUAUCAAAGCAAAUGGAAUUAGAAAGGCAUCAAUUAGAGGACAACCUAGAUCAUGCAGUAUCUCAUAGACCUACAGCUGAGGAGCUUCAAGCUAGAGGUAUAUUAAAAUGAAAUGCAUGAUACAGUACUUGA